CCGCGGCGCCGCGCUCUCCGCCGUCCUGUGUUUGCGACAUCGCCGUAAAGUGCCAGGCGCCGGCAGGAGAUGGGCGAUGGCGGCUGCCCGGGUGUUGCGGGGUGGGUGCUGUUGUCACCGCCGCCUCCUCUCCUCAGCGGUCGGCAGCCGCCCCACGGUGGAGCGCGGGGAGCGGCAAGAGAGCGCGGGCCUGGGUUUCAGCCCCCCCGCGCACUCGCGUAAUGACUGGAUCGGUCCCCCCGACAAGCACUCCAACCUGCGGCCGGUCAUCUUCUACGUGCCCCCCGAGGAGUCGCCCCUGGAGCGGCGGCUGCGGGAGGCGCGGCAGGAGGCGCAGGCCUGCGACCAGCGCUUCUGGGCACGGCACAACCGCGCCUUCUGCCAGGAAAAAGAAGAAUUUAUUUAUUCACGACUGAAAGCCAAGGGUCUGGAAAUGAGAGAUGAAACAGGUCAAAAAGCAACACUGAAUGCAGAAGAAAUGGCUGACUUUUACAAGGACUUUCUAAGUAAAAAUUUUAGAAAGCAUAUGCAGUAUAACAGAGAUUGGUAUAAACGUAACUUUACGAUCACGUUCCUCAUGGGACAAGUAGCACUGGCAAGAGCUCUGAGGUGGCUUCGUUGGAAAAAGAAAAAUGUUGGAAAUUAAUCAUAACUCCGUGAAGAAUGCAACACUAGCUAGGCCUGCUAUAAACUUGUUUAUAGUGAUGUUCAUAAUUGGAAUGACUUGUGAUAAUUGCUUGAAUCUGUUAAAUUAUGUAAAUAAAAGUUACUAUUGGUCUUAAUUUAUAAUCACUAUGUUGAUUUCAUUUAUCUUUUAUUCCAAGAAUAUCUAUAAUAUUUUCCAACUGAAAUGCAACUAUUAAAGUUGCAUUAUUAAAACUACUAAAGUUGUUCCUUGUUUACAGUAAAUGGAGUGGAUCACAACUGUCACAUUUUUACCACAGUCAUACCUCUAAAAUAAUGUGUGAUUUGGUAUGCUGGACCUGCACUCAGGUUAGAGAAUGAUGUCUCCACCUACCUUGUUAGUAUAGAGAGACAGAAAUGCCUAAUUUGCAGUAGUUGUCUGUCAGGGGCAGUAGCUAUCUGUAAGUAAUACAAAGUGGCUGAAGUGACAAGUUAUUGAUUUUUGAGUAUACAUACAAUCAAUUUAGGAUAGUCUUCAGUGUGAUUAUUUUCUAUUUUUAAUAAAGAUUUAAGGUAUGUUUUCAUAUAAAUUACUAAUGCAAUAGGAUCUUGUUAGAUAAUGUUGUUUUAAUUAAAAGUAAUAUGCCCCCCCGGACAAUAGUUCCUCUAACCUGCGACUGGUAAAAAUGUUAGUUGCUGAGCAGUGAAACAGGUGCAUUGCCAGUCACUAAAUCCUGCUAGGAAAGGAAACUGAUAGUUGGCUGUGUGGAGGAGAACAACAUUAGUACUAAUACACACUGCUUUCUACUGGUUCAUUUCUUUUUAAAAAUGUGCUAUUCUCACCAGUUUCUCAGAGACACUCAAAACAACUUGCUUGAGGGUGAUUUUUCUGCCCCCCACCCCCACCCCCCCCCCGGUACAUAACAUCAACCGAAGGAGGCUGGUUUAAGUGAAGUCUUAAAAUGUUGUGCCAUGUAUCUGAUUUAAAAUAAGUUCCAUUCCUCGGUAUGUUUUCUAUGUUCAUUUAUACAGUUAAAUAUUUUUUUUGGAUGUAGUACCUACUAAGAGGAUUCUGUUGAAAAGAAUGUAUGCUGCUAGAUGAAGCGUGUUUUCCUAGAGCUAUGCUGUGGGGAAGGUUCUGCUUUUGGAAACAUUGGCUCCAUAACCAUUGACCUGUUUUUCAUGCCUAAACAUGGCAUGAUUUAUUCACAGGCUCUUUCAGCUGGAGCAAAAAGAGCUUUGUCAGUAUUGUCUGUAAUAAUUCCUUUGCAAGAUGAAAUAAAUAUUAAUAAUAUA